AUGAAGACUUGUCUCCGCAGCACAAUGAUUGGCCUGAUUGUACUCACACUCCUGGGGGCUGCAGGUAACACACACACACACACACACAUAGAGACACACAUAUUUUACAGACAAUGUGGACAUUAGCUUAAUGCUCUCCUUUUGCCCAUCUUGUAUAUCUCUAACCUCUGCAUCUCUCUGUCUUCUGUCACCUUCCUCCUCUCAUACUCUCUGAACACUACUCCCUCUCUCCAUCCUCCUCUCUUUCUCAUCUGACCCUCCCUCUACCUUCCUCUCCUUCCCUCCCUCAGUGGCAGCUCCUAUGGAUGACAGGAUUGUGGGGGGUUAUGAGUGUGAGGCUCACUCCCAGCCUUGGCAAGCCUCUCUUAACAUUGGCUACCACUUCUGUGGCGGCUCCCUCAUAAACGACCAGUGGAUCAUCUCUGCCGCCCACUGCUGGAUGAAGUGAGUACUGCAAGGUCACAGUCAACCGUCUUUUCCCUUUACUGCGCCUCCCUUAGGCCUCUCUUCUGCUGUUAGUUCAUUCACACAAACCUUAUAUAAGAACCAUGUAAAGUUACAAAAUAAAAUCACGCUGUCCAUGUCACCAAUUUUCAUUCUGUCUUCACUUUCUGUCUACCCCUCUCUCUCCUUGUCUUAGGAUGUGACCUAGAUAAUCACUGAUAUUCACUUCAUGCACAUUACUUCUUGUCAUAUCAAAGAUAUGACCUCUCUCUCUCUCUCUCUCACUCACUGGAGCCCUCGCGAUCGAAGUCUCGCUACGUCUCUACUCUCUCUCUAGAGCCUCUCGUCUCUCAUCUCUCUAAGCUCUCCAUCCUUGGAGAGCUGCCAUCCCUGGUGACCACCACAUCUGGAAGCACGAGGGUACGGAGCAAGCUACAUGUCGUGGACGCCCAUCUACUGGCACAAGAGUACCAACACCAGCCCCUGAGACCACGACAUUAUGUGUUGAAGCUGGCCCACCCUGUCAAUCUAAAUGAGGUUGUCAGCCAUCGCCUGCCCACGGCCCCUGCCCAAGGCUGGGGACAUGUGUGUGGUGUCUGGAUGGGGAAACAUCUACACCGACUCUGGUAUGUAUGCAGACAGAGUGUAGUGUGGGAUGGGGUGGAAUGAGGAUGAGAUUGGGAUGAGAUUAGAAAAUAUGGGUUAUUGAAUGCAAUCAACUAAAUUACAUCUUCUUUAAACUGUAGCUCACUGUAGGCCUACAUGUUGAUGGGGAAUCACCAAGUCAAUUUACUUGUUGACAAGUCUGGUGAUGAGAGUCCUGAGAGGGUAGCUUCUCUCAUAUAUCUCUCUUCUCUCUCUCUCUCUCUCUCUCUCUCUCUCUCUCUCUCUCUCUCUCUCUCUCUCUCUCUCUCUCUCAGUGUUCAACCCAUUUAACCUGCAGUGUGUGGACAUCCCCAUCCUGUCUAAUAAGGACUGUGAGGAGUCCUACCCUGGCCAAAUCACUGAUACCAUGGUGUGUGCCGGAUACCUGGAGGGAGGCAAGGACUCCUGUCAGGUAUGGAGAAUACCCCUGCAACCUCACAAACAGAACAUUUCAUUUGUUUCUUCAUUCAUUUAUAUAUUAAUUCAUUCUCUCUCUCUCUCUCUCCCUCUAUUUCUCUUUCAGGGUGACUCUGGCGGUCCCCUGGUGUGUAACGGAGAGCUGCAUGGCAUCGUGUCCUGGGGUGUUGGCUGUGCCCAGCCCAACUACCCUGGUGUCUACACCAAGGUCUGUGCCCUGCUGCCCUGGAUCCAAGAGACCAUCACCAACUACUAGCCUGUGCCCUCCCCACCAGAGUAGAGAGAAAGAGAGAGGGAGAGAGAGAGAGAGAAGAAGAUUAAGUAGAGAGAGAUAGAAGGCUGAUGUUGAUACAUGCAGGAAGACAAAGGGACAUCUAGUCAAUAAAAUGACAUCUUUGACUUCAGAUCCUACUGUAUGUUUGUCUUUUUUAUUACAAUUCUUUGUGUCAAUAAAACAAACAAUACACAAACAAUCAAUUAUUUAGGUAACAGGGUAGACCACUACAAUAUAUAAAGUCACAUCAAAAAUUGUAAUAAUGUAAAAUUAGAUGACACAAAGACUAAUAAAACAUUGAAAGAAUAAGAGGUACUCUUCCACUGUUUGGCAUUUCCCAAGUAUCCACCUACUAGUUACUAGUACAAUCAAAUAGUGACAUUGGUAUAGAGUACAGAGCAGGACAUUAGUUGGCAAAGACAAAUCAAAUGGAAAAGUAACCAUGCUAACAAAGAUAUGCUAACAAAUGUAUAGCAUCCAUUGUAUUGCACUACACAAUGCUAAUGCUGCUGAUGAUGCUAAUGCUAAUAAUGAUGGUAUAGCUAACAACAAUGCUAAUUCUAAUAAUGAUGCUAACUCUAAUAACAACGCUAUAACUAAGUUAACAAACUCAAACCUUGGGUUCCUGACUCUUUAUUGUCAUGGUAACAAAAGUGAUUACAUUUUAGUCAUUUAGCAGACGCUCUUAUCCAGAGCAACUUACAGGUAGUGAAUGCAUACGUUAUUUUCUUUUCUUCAUAUACUGGCCCCCCGUGGGAAACUAACCCACAUCCCUGCCGGCCAAACCCUCCCCUACCUUGGACCAAUUGUGCGCCGCCCAUGGGUCUCCCGGUCGCGACAGAGCCUGGACUCGAACCAGGAUCUCUAGUGGCACAGCUAGCACUGCGAUGCAGUGCCUUAGACCACUGCGCCACUCGGGAGUGAUUAGACAUUUGACAUUGACAUUUGACCUGUAAGAGAUGUAUCUACAGCGCUUGUAGCAUCCACCAUGAAGAACAGGUUUUCUCAGUUUGAUUAUUUUACGUCAUUCUACGCCUGCCGCCAUGAGCACUGCUUUAGCAUCCUCCACCAUCUCUUUUAUUCCCUUGUCCAGAAGGUGUAGUGUAGUGGCAAAGGCAAUCCCCACUGACCCAAAACUACCAAUGGCAGGUAUGCUAGUCAACAGAACCUCAAUAGUCUUGGCUGCCACCAUGGCUGUUGUACUCAGCAUUCCAGCCACCACCUUCUCAUCGACUCCCCCAGCGAAGCGAGACUUCAUCGUUGAGCUCAGUUCACCCACUGGCUUAUUGACACGUUCUGAGAGUCUCUGGAGGGAUUUCUCAUCCACUCCAAAGAAUAUGAAGGCCCUGUAGAGGAAGGCCUGCAUAAUACCAAUCUUACAGCCCACCGAGAAGCCAGGGAUGGGUACGGCUGCUGUGGUGGAGGCGGCAGCAGCUGCAGCACAGGCAGUUUGGAAAAUACAUUUCCUCUUCUUUUCAAUCAUGACUUUGGAGCAAAUCAGCAGAGACUGGAUCAAGGCGGACCGCUUGUGCCCUGGGAGGUUUUUCGAGAGAGUCGAUCAGCUGCUGGGAAUCUUACUUCCCCAGCUCUAAGGUGGAGAUGAGGAAGACUUUUGGGUUCCCUUCGGUCUUCAGGUACUCCUCACAGUUCUGUCUGAUCUUGGAGAGCAAAUCUUCCUCCCUGUAGUUCUUCUUCCAUGCCUCGGCUCGGAUGUCGUUGUCGAUCUUAGACUGGACAAAGUAAAACAUCUUCUUCAUCUUCUGGAUUUCUUUGGCCAGCAUGAUGUCGUUCUCUUUGAACCUCACCGUGCCAAUGAUGAUGAAGAAGUCGUAGGUUUUAAACCUGACCACCUUUAGAUACUUCUUUGCUUUAAAGUUUGAGGUCCCAGAUGUACACGUUAGGCAUGGUAGGGUGGCUGUAACUGAUGGCCUUCAUGGUGGUCUUGGUCACUCCGGUUUCUGCUGCUCCCUCGUCCCCAUCUCUGAGUCCAAGAAAGGCAUUAACGAAGGUGGAUUUUCCCACCCCGCUCUCCCCUGCCACAGCGAUGCUAAGGGUCACAUUCUCCAGGAGAUCCAGGUCCUUCUUUUCCUUGGCUGCGUUCUCUGCUUGGGUAAACUUGUCGCAGUUCUUAAUUUCAUUGAUGAUGUCAGGAUCUUCACAGAAGUUUUCAUCAGACAUCUUGCUACUGAAAACCAAGAAAAUGUGUUAAUUGAGAAAAGUUGUUAAAUUAAUAACACACAAACAUCCAUCACUUGCAGAACUAUACAUUUAUGUAAUAUACAUGCAUUGCAACAAGCGGAUAAGGCAGUGACGCAAGAAAGACAGAUGUCCUAACUCUGCCCUUUCGUCAAUGUCAAACUGAUGUUGUCUACUUACAGACGUGUAUGCUGGAACCAGACACAGCGCCAGGGUAAAGUGACUAAGGGGGCAGUUGAAAUCGGCGAGGGGGGCACAUUUUAUGGGGGUUCUUACAUUGGAAUUGUAUUGAAUUCUGCUUAUAUAAUCACGCUACACCACAAUAAACAUAAAGUUAAAAUGCAGACACUCCAAGAUCAUUGAAUGCUUUUAAAAUCUGUAGCCUAUAUCUGCUGCACUGUAUCAGCACAAUGAACAGCGCCCUACAUCUAAGCCGUUUUUGCUACAAGAUAGAUAAGGCAAUUCACCUAUUACAAACAGCCUAUGUGAAUGCAGCCAUACACACAGCUGUCUUACCAAAAUAAUGCAAGUUAAAUGCUGAAAGUAGUAGCCUAGUUAUUCAUGCAUGCAAAGAAAAAUACUGAAUAGCAGUUUGGCUUAGAAUACCGACAGAACUACGAAUGUGAACGAAUGCGAACAGAACAAAACAGCGGUACCAAGCAGUAAGCCUAGCAAACAAAAUAUCUGAUCGAUAAAGGCAUGACACAAUCUAUAUUUAGGCUAGUUACAUUAACAGUAAACACACGCAGUAAACAAAAGGAGAAUGGAGACCCAAAUAACCAAAACAUAGCCUACAGCCUACUACAGUGAGAUGCAGCCAUGCACAGCUGUCUGUGCCUAUCUCCCUUAGUCAACAAAUCUAAUAAAAUCCAAGUUUAUUGGUCAUUUGCACAGGAUACAGUGUAAACGAUGCAAUGAAAUGCUUACUAGCAAGCUUCCUCAAAAGUGCAAUGUAAAAUGUCUUUUUUUUUUAAUAGUAAAAUAUUAUAGUAAAAGGUAAAAAUGCAAAUAUUAUAUCAAUAAAAAGUAGUAAAAGGUAACAGAACAUCAAAUAUAUGGAAGAAAAAUACAGAAUAUACUAUGUCAAGUAAUGGCAUAUACAAGUAGAGAUUGAAAAGUGACCUACAGAGCAUACAGUAGUGAAUUUUUACAUACAAUAGUAUAUGUCAUAGAUUAUGUCUUCAACCAGAUUUAGUGACUUAAGUUAAGUACAGUAGCAGUGACUGUUUUCUUUUAUUUAUUUGUUUCACCUUUAUUUAACCAGGUAAGUCAGUUGAGAACAAGUUCUCAUUUACAACUGCGACCUGGCCAAGAUUGUCACGCCCUGACUCAGGGGACUCUUAUAUGUUGAGUCAGGGUGUGUUUAUUCUUUGUUUGUAUAUAUUCUAUGUUGUAUAUCUAGCAUGUGUGGAUCUAUGUUGGCCGGUGUGGUUCCCAAUCAGAGGCAGCUGUCGCUCGUUGUCUCUGAUUGGGGACCAUACUUAAGCAGCCUAUUGGCCCAGUCUAGUUGUGGGAUCUUGUUCCGGUUAAGGUAUGUUGUGUGUGCUACCUUGGACUUCACGUUUAGUUUCCUUUGUUGUUUUGUUGUGUGUUUAACAGUUAAAAUAAACAUGUACGCAUAUCACGCUGCGCCUUGGUCCGUCCCGUCAUUCAACGAACGUGACAGAAGAUCCCACCAAACAAGGACCAAGCAGCGUGCCAAGAAGGAGCAAACGCCUGGGACUCAACAUGAGGUUACGUUAGUAGAUGUCCUCCUCGGUUGGGGGAGAAUUACGGAGGAGGAGGCCGUCCGUUAUCGGAGGGCGAUGAAGGAGGAUGCCCAAGUUGGAGAGGAGAAACGGCGCCAACAGUGCCGAAGACGGAGACCCGAGAGGCAACCCAAAGACAUUUUUUGGGGGGGGCACACGGUGUGGACAACGAGGCAGCAGUAGGCCGUUAAAGGGCAGAUCUGCAGGUUAGGAGAGGAGGCCACCAUGUUACGGGGGCUAUUGGUUCAGAGGGAGCAGGAGUUAUUCGGUCAGAGUGAGGCGCUACAGGAGGCUAAAAGGGAGAAGGAAAGAGUAGCGGCACGGCGAGAGGAGCUGGUUAGGCAGCAGAAGGAGCGGGGGUUAAUAAAGGAACCCAGUCCUGCUCCUCGCACCAAGCAAGUGGUGCGUGUCGCCAGUCCGGUCCGGCCCGUUCCUGCUCCCCGCACCAAGCCAGUGGUGCGUGUUCCCAGUACGGCCUGGCCCGUUCCUGCCCUUCGCACCAAGCCUGUGGUGCGCGUCGCCAGUCCGGCCCGGCCUGUUCCUGCUCCUCGCACCAAGCCAGUGGUGCGCGUCGCCAGCCCGGCCUGUUCCUGCUCCUCGCACCAAGCCAGUGGUGCGCGUCGCCAGCCCGGCCCGGCCUGUUCCUGCUCCUCACACCAAGCCAGUGGUGCGCGUCGCCAGCCCGGCCCGGCCUGUUCCUGCUCCUCGCACCAAGCAAGUGGUGCGUGUCGCCAGUCCGGUCCGGCCCGUUCCUGUUCCCCGCACCAAGACAGUGGUGCGUGUUCCUAGUCCGGUCCGGCCCGUGCCUGCUCCUCGCACCAGACCAGUGGUGCGUUUGUCCAGUCCGGCACGGCCCAUGCCCGUUCCACCGGUGCCGGUCAGCUGCUCCACUCCGGAGCCAGAGCAGUCCGCUCCACCGGUGCCUGAUCCAGUGCCAGUCAGCUGUUCCACUCCGGAGCCAGAGCAGUCCGCUCCACCGGUGCCUGAUCCAGCUCCGGUCAGCUGCACCACUCCGGAGCCAGAGCAGUCCGCUCCACCGGUGCCUGAUCCAGCUCCGGUCAGCUGCGCCACUCCAGAGCCAGAGCAGUCCGCUCCACCGGAGUCUAGUCAACAAAUCAUUUUCUUCUGAAACUUGUCAGUUUAUUCUUGUUCUGAGAAAUUAAGGCUAUUCCAUGCGAGAAAUUGCCAAGAAACUGAAGAUCUCGUACAACGCUGUGUACUACUCCCUUCACAGAACAGCGCAAACUGGCUCUAACCAGAAUAGAAAGAGGAGUGGGAGGCCCCGGUGCACAACUGAGCAAGAGGACAAAUACAUUAGAGUGUCAGACGCCUCACAGGUCCUCAACUGGCAGCUUCAUUAAAUAGUACCCGCAAAACACCAGUCUCAACGUCAACAGUGAAGAGGCGACUCCGGGAUGCUGACCUUCUAGGCAGAGUUGCAAAGAAAAAUACAUAUCUCAGACUGGCCAAUAAAAAUAAAAGAUUAAGAUGGGCAAAAGAACACAGACACUGGACAGAGGAAGAUUGGAAAAAAGUGUUAUGGACAGCCGAAUUGAAGUUUGAGGUGUUCGGAUCACAAAGAAUAACAUUUGUGAGAUGCAGACCAAAUGAAAAGAUGCAGGAGGAGUGCUUGAUGCCAUCUGUCAAGCAUGGUGGAGGCAUGAUGUGAUGGUCUGGGGGUGCUUUGGUGGUGGUAAAGUGGGAGAUUUGUUCAGGGUAAAAGGGAUCUUGAAGAAGGAAGGCUAUCACUCCAUUUUGCAACGCCAUGCCAUACCCUGUGGACGGCGCUUGAUUGGAGCCAAUUUCCUCCUACAACAGGACAAUGACCCAAAGCACAGCUCCAAACUAUGCAAUAACGAUUUAGGGAAGAAGCAGUCAGCUGGUAUUUUGUGUAUAAUGGAGUGGCCAGCACAGUCACCGGAUCUCAACCAUAUUGAGCUGUUGUGGGAACAGCUUGACCGUAUGGUACGUAAGAAGUGCCCAUCAAGCCAAUCCAACUUGUGGGAGGUGCUUCAGGAAGCAUGGGGUGAAAUCUCUUCAGAUUACUUCAGCAAAUUGACAACUAGAAUGCCAAAGGUCUGCAAGGCUGUAAUUGCUGCAAAUGGAGGAUUCUUUGAUGAAAGCAAAGUUUGAAGACACAAUUAUUAUUUCUAUUAAAAUUAGAAUAACCUUGUCAAUGACUACAUUUCCUAUGCAUUUUGCUAUAUUUCCUAUUCAAACUCAUUUCAUGUAUGUUUUCAUGGAAAACAAGGACAUUUCUAAGUGACCCCAAACUUUUGAAAGGUAGUGUAAAUAGUAUCAAAGUGAUUUAAUCAAGCAACUUAGUGUCAUGUGCACAUAUUUUUUUAUGUAUUUAAAUGUCCAAUGCAGUUGUUUUUAUCUCAGUAUCAAAUCAUUUUUGGGUAACAAUUAAGUACCUUACUGUGAUUGUUUUCAGUUAAAAUGGUCAAAAAUAAACAAAAAUAGCUUCUUCAAUUUAUCAAGCAAUAAUUUUGCUAGGACUAUGAGGGAGUGGUCUGAGUGGGCAGGGGAAAACUAAAAACUAGCUAUUAUUGGCAGAGAGGUUUGGAACUAUUUUACUUUUAUAUUUUUUAUAGGGGGUUUGGAAGUAUCUUUCGUAUUGGUCUAUUCAUUAAUUUACUCCAUGCCAACAAAACAGGCUGAAAUGUCAGGUGGUCUUUUCAAACAGCUCAUACACUAAAAGUGCAUUAUCAUACUUUUCACAAUUUCACAUUGUUAUUCCAACCUCAUAGUGUGGAAGUAUAUAUAAAACACAGGAAAGUCGCGUGUUUGACUGCACUGGGCCUUUAAGUAGUAAAUCUGCGAUUGCUACAUCAAUUUUUUUACUAUUAAAUUAAUUAUAUAUGAAGAUAUUUUUUCCAAAACACUAUAUAUUUGUUUUCAGAAAUGUUGGUAAAUUAGCUUUUAUUGUUUAAAGAAAUUAUGAAAGAGAUGUGUGUUUUUUCAAUAUCUAAUCAUGGCAUGGGGUUGUUAAAUGGCAGACAUGUACUAUAUAUAGAAAAGUAUGUGGACACCCCUUCAAAUUAGUGGAUUCGGCUAUUUCAGCCACACCCGUUGCUGACAGGUAUUAAAUCGAGCACACAGCCAUGAAAUCUCCAUAGACAAACAUUGGCAGUAGAAUGGCCUUACUGAAGAGCUCAGUGACUUGCAACGUGUCACCGUCAUAGGAUGCCACCUUUCCAACAAGUCAAAUUUCUGCCCUGCUAGAGCUGCCCCGGUCAACUGUAAGUGGUGUUAUUGUGAAGCGGAAACGUCUAGGAGCAUCAACGUCUCAGCCGCGAAGUGGUAGGCCACACAAGCUCACAGAAUGGGACCGCUCAGUGCUGAUGCGUGUAGCGCGUAAAAAUCGUCUGUCCUCGGUUGCAAGACUCACUACCGAGUUCCAAAUUGCCUCUUGAAGCAACAUCAGCAAAAUAACUGUUCGUUGGGAGCUUCAUGAAAUGGGUUUCCAUGGCCGAGCAGCCACACACAAGCCAAAGAUCACCAUGCGCAAUGCCAAGCACCGGCUGGAGUGGUGUAAAGCUCGUCGCUAUUGGACUCGGGAGCAGUGAAAAUGCAUUCUCUGGAGUGAUGAAUCACGCUUCGCUAUCUGGCAGUCCAACGGACGAAUCUGGGUUUGGCGGAUGCCAGGAGAACGCUACCUGCCCAAAUACAUAGGGCCAACUGUAAAGUUUGGUGGAGGAGGAAUAAUGGUCUGGGGCUAUUUUUCAUGGUUUGGGCUAGGCCCCUUAGUUCCAGUGAAGGGAAAUCUUAAUGCUACAGCAUACAAUGACAUUCUAGACGAUUCUGUGCAUCUAACUUUGUGGCAACGGUUUUGGGAAGGCCCUUUCCUGUUUCAACAUGACAAUGCCCCCGUGCACAAAGCGAGUUCCACACAGAAUUGUUUUGUUGAGAUCGGUGUGAAGAACUUGACUGGCCUGCACAGAGCCCUGACCUCAACCCCAUCGAAUACCUUUGGUAUGAAUUGGAACGACGACUGUGAGCCAGGCCUAAUCGCCCAACAUCAUUGCCCAACCUCACUAAGGCUCUUGUGGCUGAAUGGAAGCAAGUCCCCACAGCAAUGUUCCAACAUCUAGUGGAAAGCCUUCCUAGAAGAGUGGAGGCUGUUAUAGCAGCGAAGGAGGGACCAACUACAUAUUAAUGCCCAUGAUUUUGGAAUGAGAUGUUCAACGAGCAGGUGUCCACAUACUUCUGGUCAUGUAGUGUAUUUGUUUAAAAUCACUUGAUGAUUUCAUUUCAGAGAUGUUUUUUUGCAAGAUGCUAUUACCCACCUCACUCUCAGAGAAAUUAGUAGAACUGCAAAUGUAACAAAUAACUACAUAUUUUUUUAUAAAGAACUGUACAAAUGAUACAUUUGUGACAUCAAUAUUUAAAAAUGUUGGUAAAAAAUAAUUCAAUACAGUAAUAUGAGAUCUGUAAAACAUUUACAUUUGACAUUUUAGUCAUUUAGCAGAUGCUCUUAUUGAGAGCGACUUAUAGUUAGUGCAUUCAUCUUAAGUUAGCUAGGCGAGCCAACCACAUAUCACAGUCAAAUAUACAGGAUACGAACAUUCCAUUCCAGCUAAACAAUGGAUUAUAGCAUUUUUCCAAAAAACAACAACAUUUUCAUACACAUCUAAGAUCUAUGAAUUAAUAAUCUGAGAACAGUAAUAUUUUCCACACACAUGAAGGUACCCAUAAGGAAUAACUUCUGAUGAAAAAACACAAAUGUGAAAGAUUGGGGGAUAUAGCGUUUGAAAAUAAGCUCUUCAUAAGCCCAUAGAUUUUUUAAGAAUAUAACUUAUAAAUGCCUCACGAGCUUAGUUCAUGAACUGUCGUACCCCAUCAGAACCCAACAUAUAAGCCUGUUUAACUCCAUUGUUAAACUAUCGUUUUGAUAUCAUGGAUGGUCAGUCCUUGCUUCCAUAGCUCUGUCUAUGAAUUUGAGAGUGGUUACAUUACUCCAGCCCCAUCCUUCAGAUUUUCACCAAAACAGUGGCGGUGUGACCGCUUUGCUGUUGUUUGAAAUGCAGACUGCCCCUUUUAAGAGUGUGGGCAAUAACAGUGGUGUGCAUUCGAUAAGUACAUUCAUGGAUUUUAUUUUCAAUAACCUUUCAACAGAAAGUCCACAAACAAUAGAGGAUUGACAGAAAAUCCUCUCUCUCUCUCUCUCUCUCUCUCUCUCUCUCUCUCUCUCUCUCUCUCUCUCUCUCUCUCUCUCUCUCGCUCUCUCUCUCUCUCUCUCUCUCUCUCUCUCUCUCUCUCUCUCUCUCUCUCUCUCUCUCUCUCUCUCUCUCUCUCUCUCUCUCUCUCUCUCUCUCUCUCUCUCUCUCUCUCUCUCUCUCUCCUUGGAGUCAGCUUGCCAUCCUGGGUGACCACCACAUCUGGAAGCACGAGGGUACGGAGCAGUACAUGUCUGUGGACGCCAUCUACUGGCACCAGAGCUACAACUACCAGACCCUGAACCACGACAUUAUGCUGUUGAAGCUGGCCCACCCUGCCAUUCUCAAUGAGUUUGUCAAGCCCAUCGCCCUGCCCAUGGCCUACCCCAAGGCUGGGGACAUGUGUGUGGUGUCUGAAUAGGAAAACAUUGACACCGACUCUGGUAUGAAUGCAGACUGGGUGUAAAAUGGGAUGGGGUGAGACUGGGGGUCUGAUGGGGGUCCUGAGAGGGUGGCUGUAUUCCACCACUACCUGAUAAUAACACUUAUCUUUAUUCUCUCUCUCUCUCUCUCUCUCUCUCUCUCUCUCUCUCUCUCUCUCUCUCUCUCUCUCUCUCUCUCUCUCUCUCUCUCUCUCUCUCUCUCUCUCUCUCUCUCUCUCAGUGUUCAACCCAUUUAACCUACAGUGUGUGGACAUCCCCAUCCUGUCUAAUAAGAUCUGUGAGAAGUCCGACACUAGCCAGAUCAAUGACACCUAGAGCUCUGCUACCCGACUCGAGCCCGGAUGGGCCACGGCAUUAUACAUUGGGUUGUUUUUUCAUCAAUAACUAGGGUACAGGCAGGACUCGUUUAUCACUAAAUUGAUAUUCAAAGCUGAGUCAUUUGCUCGUGCUCUGCUGGGCAGUACUGUCAUAUCUCACUAAGAUCAUAACAAUAAUAAUAUGCCAUUUAGCAGACGCUUUUUUUAGCCAAAGUGACUUACAUUUUUGUCAUUUAGCAGACACUCUUAUCCAGAGCGACUUACAGUUAGUGAAUACAUUAUUUUUUUAUACUGGCCCCCCAUGGGAAUCAAACCCACAACCCUGGCGUUGCAAACGCCAUGCUCUAUCAACUGAGCUACAUCCCUGCCGGCCAUUCCCUCCCCUACCCUGGACAAAUUGUGCGCCGCCCAUGAGUCUCCCAGUCACAGCCGGCUGCGACAGAGCCUGGAUUCGAACCAGGAUCUCUAGUGGCACAGUUAGCACUGCGAUGCAGUGCCUUAGACCACUGCGCCACUCAGGAGACAGACAUUACUUACAGUAAUGUGUGCAUACAUUUUUAUGUAUGGGUGGUCCCGGGGAUCAAACCCACUACCCUGGCGUUACAAGCGCCAUGCUCUACCAAUUGAGCUACAGAGGACCUCGUCAAAUAUAAAACAGGAGAGAUUAUUCCACAGAAAAUACGAAUGUAGAGUGACUAAACGUAGCUAACAGCUAACUGCUCUCUCAUGCCUCGUCAUUGAGCAGAGCAGCCCAAGCGGAGCCGUUGCUUGAUACUCACAGACACAAAGCCGCCAUGAGCAGAGUUCAUGCAGACCGAGUGACAGAGAGGAGCAGCUAAUGGAUUUACUAAUGGAGGAAGUUAUUUCUGAUUUCGGGUUUCGGGCCAGGCCUUAAAUUUGACAGAAGCAAUCGGGCCUGGGUAGGGUAGGGCCUGAACGUCGCAGGCAUGCCCCUGGAGGGCUCUACUGACACCAUGGUGUGUGCCGUGUACCUGGAGGGAGGUAAGGACGCCUGUCAGAUACAGACAAUACCCCUGCAACUUCGCAAACUAAUCAUUUCAUUAAUUAAUUAAUUUAUAUAUUAAUUAAUUAUCUCUCUCUCUUUCUCUCUUUCCCUCCCUCCCUCCCUCCCUCCCUCUGUCUCUCUCUAAGUGUGACUCUGGCGGUCCCCUGGUGUGUAACGGAGAGAUCAUGGCAUCGUGUCCUGGGGUGUUGGCUGUGCCCAGCCCAACUACCCUGGUGUCUACACCA